AUGCCUCUUCAAACACCAGAGAGAAAAGGCUCUUUGACAAUAGCCAUGGAGCCCGUAAAGCCCGCUGGUGGUGCCAGGUUAGGCACCAUAUCUGGUGUCUACAUCCCCGUAUACCUCAACAUCUUGAGCAUCCUCAUGUUCCUCCGAUUUGGCCAAAUACUCGGUCAAGUUGGCUUCAUUGGAAUUCUAGGUCUUCUCCUCGCCGCCUAUUGCAUUGAUCUGCUUACUGUUCUCUCCCUUUCCGCCAUUGCUUCUAAUGGAGAAGUCAAGGGCGGCGGUGCUUAUUACUUAAUCUCCAGGUCUCUCGGCCCCGAGUUUGGCGGCUCUAUUGGCAUCUUGUUCUAUCUAGCUCAAGCUCUAAACACUGCCAUGAAUGUAGUUGGUCUCAUCGACUGCAUUCGACUCAACAUGGGAUCUAAUUUUCCUCAAGGAUAUUGGACUGGCUAUGGGCUCCAAACAGCGGCCUUGGUGCUUUGCACAUGUCUUUGCUUACUUGGCUCGUCAACUUUCGCAAAGGCAUCGAAUGCACUGCUCAUCAUCCUUACCGUGGCUGUCAUGAGCAUUCCCAUAUCAGCAAUCUUGAAAUCUCCGUUUGAGGAUGCUGCGGCUGGCGUCAAGUUUACGGGUAUCAGUGUUGAUACGCUCAUUGGAAACUUUGCUCCUCGGGCUUCUGAUAGCAGCUACGAAGGCCUCAAGACCUUUCGUGAAUUAUUCGGCGUUCUCUUCCCGCGAGUACAUUCCACUUCUCCUCCAGCGACUUCGGGAAUAUUUGCUGGAGCUUCCAUGUCUGGGGAUUUGAGAAACCCAAGCAAAGCUAUUCCGCAUGGAACACUGUGGGCUACUCUUACAACCUUCAUCGUGUACUUCACUGUCAUUCUCUCCAUGGCAGCGGCUACCACUCACGAAUCUUUUCUGGCCAACAAUAAUGUCAUCUCCAUCACAAACUUAUAUGCCCCUAUUAUCUUGGCCGGCGAGUGCGCCGUCACUUUCUUUUCGGCUCUCAUGGGAAUUAUCGGAUCAGCCAAGCUGUUCCAAGCGCUCGCCAGGGAUAAACUCCUUCCAGGGUUGUCUAUCUUUGGAAGAGGAACUAGAGUUGGUGAUGAACCAAUCUUUGCCAUAUUCCUAACAUAUGCCAUCGCUCAGGUUGCCCUGUUUGCAGACUUGAACCAAAUUGCCACCCUCAUCUCUAUGGGCUAUCAGAUGACUUUUUUUGUCAUGAACUUGGCUUGUUUCCUGUUGAAAAUCGGAUCUGCUCCCAAUUUCAGGCCUGGCUUCCAGCUCUUCAGUGCCGAGACGGCCUUUUUGGGAAGCCUCUUUUCUGCUGUGGCCAUGUUCUUUAUCGACGAGGCCUACGCUUCAACGGCAAUCUGUGCUCUCAUAUUAGUAUUCUUGCUGAUUCAUUACCUAUGCCCGCCCAAACACUGGGGAGAUGUCUCACAGAAUCUCAUCUACCACCAAGUGAGGAAAUAUUUGCUAAGACUGAAGCCCGAACACAUCAAGUUUUGGAGGCCACAAAUCAUACUCCUUGUCAACAACCCACGGCGGCAGACGAGGUUGAUUCAGUUUUGCAAUUCAUUAAAAAAAGGCUCCCUUUACAUCCUCGGUCAUGUCAUCGUAACAGACGACUUCAACACGGGAGUCCACGAGGCGAAACUGCAGCAACAGGCUUGGACACGCUACAUAUCCGAGUUUUCUAGGAUCAAGGCCUUUGUUCAGCUGACCAUGUCGCCUUCGAUUAACUGGGGCAUCCGAAAUCUCAUCUUAUCCUCUGGCCUCGGAGGCAUGCGACCCAAUAUUGCAGUCCUGGGAUUUUACAACAUGGAAGAUCUACGAAGAUCCAGUCAUAGGCUACGGGUACCAGACAUCCCAAUGGCCCCAGCUUCCAAAAUGAACCGUCCGCCAAAAUCUCAGAGAGCCUAUACACGAAACCGUGGCGAUACGUCCGCACGUUUGAUGGAAGGCUUCUUACCGACUGACGCAAUUCGUACGGAGGAUAUGAUGUCUCCCACGGAGUACAUGACAGCAUUGGAGGAUUUGACCUUGAUGUAUCGGUUGAACGUAGCGGUGGCGUACGGAUUUGACGGCUUGGAGACGCCUCGAAAAGACGAGGACAACUCGAAAAAGUACAUUGACAUGUGGCCGAUUCAAAUGUCCGCUGAAGUUUCAUCCGAUGGCAAGAAUAUGCUGACGUCUAAUUUUGAUACAUACACACUCAUUCUACAACUAGGCCACAUUCUCCGCAGUGUUCACACUUGGAAACAAGCCUAUACACUACGUGUCAUGGUCUUUGUUGAAUACGAAAACGAAGUCGAAGAAGAGUUGGCCCGAGUCCGCGCGCUUCUGGAGAAACUGCGUAUCGACGCUGAAGUUCGAGUGUUUUGGCUGGCAUGUGGCCAGUUGGACACGUACGAGCGCAUCAUCAAUGGCAAAGGCAGUAGUAUAGACUGCGAAAUCAUUGUUGGCGACGCAUUGAGAGACGAAGAAUGGUGGAACGACCUGGAAGACCUCCGCGGACAGUCAGAGCCCAUGACGAAUAGCCAGGAGUUUACGCACCUCGCGCAUAUCAUUACUUCGACCGCUGGACGGCCGGGAGUCUAUAAUCCGCACGAAGAAACAGAGUCCCGGAGACGACGCUCGAGUGUGCUAGAUCUUCCCGGUAUGCCCAAGAAACCGAACAUUGGCUCUUUGUCGAAGAUGGGUAUCAACAUCGGCAUGCACACGCAUCAUCUGAACGAAGAAGUCUUUGAGGACUCUGAUUCAGACUACGAAACAAAUAGCGAUACAGACUCUUUGAGUACGGUGCGAUCCGCUACAGAUCCUUUAUUGCGCGAAUCGUCAUCUUCGAAUGCCUCACAAGGGCAGCUCUCGCCUCCCGGAAUCCGAGGAAAUGGCUCUUUUGAUACAAUCACCGGACAUGGAUAUAUGUACUCCAACAACGGCAUUCCCUCACUGACUCCAUCAUAUGGCACCAUGUCUGGAUCUCAGCCGCCUUCCAUGGCGCAGCAUCGUUACAAUUCAGUAUUUUCUCCAACGCCGCGACAGGGCGAAGUUGAUCUGGACGCGACCCCUCGAGCAAAUAACCGACAGAGAAGCAGCUUCAAAAUGGAAAUCAGGAGCAUAGAAUCCUUUCCUAAUCUAGACCAACUUGCAAUGCCCGAAACUCGUCGCAGCAACUACCAGCCAAGCAGCACUGCGACAUCCUCAGUCGCCCGAUAUUCGGGGGACGACGAUACUUCAACGCCCCGGCCGAGCAUAUCGCGGCAGUCGUCCGCCGCUCGCUUCUCAAGCCGGCCUGUUCCAGAGAUGAGAAUCACAACAGAGGAGGGAAGCUCCCGAAUUGGGUUCGCAACUACAAAUUCCUCGAGCCCUACGACGCCUAGAAUUGACCGUCCAUCGUUUUCGCGGCAAUCGUCACUGAAUGUUCCAUCGCAACCGUUACCUCCAUCCAGGAGAAAUAUGGUUGGCGGAGGAGGCCCACGCGCGAUUUCCUAUCAUGAGCAGCCAACGUACUAUUCACGCGCGAGCACAACAAAAUCCCGUUAUCACUCCCGGUCUCGGCGAGAAUCUCAAUAUCCAGACAGCUAUGGCCGAGGAGACGUCAGCCUAAAUAUUCCCGAUCUCGUGCAAUCGUAUAGAUCUGGCGCGGAGUUGGGCAACGCAGAAGGCGCCCCAUACUCGACACAGGGCAUUGCUUUAUCUUUCAACGACUUGCCAAGCAGAGCGCAGCAUCUGAUCCUCAAUGAGCUGAUGAAACAGAAUUCAAAAGAAACGGCUGUUCUCCUCAGCACGCUACCGAUCCCCAAUGAGGGGACGUAUAUGAAUGUGGACAGCACGAUUCAGUAUCUGUCGGAUGUUGAGCUGCUGUGUCAUGACCUUCCGCCGGCGCUUAUGGUGUUGAGCAAUAACAUGACGGUCACUGUGAGCUUAUAA